GUUUAGGUUGACAAUUUAAAAUUUUGUUUUCUAUCUUAUUACCCAAAACCAAUGCAAGCUGUAAUAAAGUUUUAAACUAAUGUUCAGAAAAGGGGCAAAACAGGGUAUUUCUAUUUAUCCACCUAGUCUUCACAGGGCUGAAUACGAAUAAAAAAAAUCUUUUUCGAGUAUGUCAGGUAUAACAUCAGCAGAAAUCCCCCAGCUAUGUACGAGGUUGGAAAAAGCAAUGGAAGAGGCCAAGAAGAAAAAAAAAUUCUCUGGGGAGUAUGGAAUUGAACUUACAGAAUGGAGAGCGGAACGUCCCUUUUUGAAUUUAGAUUUUGUAUCAGAAUUUGAAGGGCGAAGGCAAAGUGAUGAAGAAGUAGAUAAUCAAUGCACAGAAAAUUCCAUGAUUGAACCUUUAUUAACUGCGUUCCUUGGAGGACAAACAGACUUCAUUGUAGCUCAUAAUUUACCUGUUGGAAGCACCGAAAGAACAAUCUCAAUUAACGCUAAUGCAGAUCCUGUGAAUAAGGAAUUUUCAUUGAAAUGCAUAUCACUCGCAGUAUAUUACUCAUCCCUGGCUAAAUUUGUUGAAGACAACUAUUUUAUUUCUCAAGGUCGCGUUAAUGCUGCUUUAGCUUCUGGGAUAGACACAAUUCUUCAUGAUUAUCAGUCAUUUAUCAUAGCAGUGGAAAAGGCACACAGGAAAAGAAAAUUAACCCUCCAUGAGCUGUGGUACCAGAUUCAAGACAUAUCAGAAACGUUACGUGUUUUAGUAGAUUUAACCAACAAAAUAAAUGAGAGUGAGGCUCGUGGCGCAGCUACAUUAACCAUACUGCAUGAAUUUACAUCACAUCUCACCAUAUCAAAUUUGGAGAAAAAGAUUUGCAUCGCCCUCACUUCUGAAGCAGCAGUUUCUUUUAUGGAAUCAGUGCAAAAAUGGGUUUUCAACGGUGAAAUUUAUGAUCCUUAUGAUGAGUUUAUGGUAAUGGAAUAUUUUACUUCCAAAGAUGAAUGGAAAAAAGUGGAAUAUUAUUGGGAAAAGAAAUACCAGAUUAGGAAAACACGUGUGCCAUCAUUUUUGCAACACCUUGAAAUUCAAAUACUUAAUUCAGGGAAAUAUUUGAAUGUCAUCAAAGAAUGUGUAUCAUCUGAAAGAGAUUUUAAACUGGCACCGAUUAAAGAACUAGUGUAUCAAAGCAAUGAACUCGAUCUUGGGUAUGCAUCUGUUAUCAAUGAAGCGUAUAUCCAUGCUAGCAAACACCUACUAUCGUACAUGUUAAAAGAAUAUAAAAUAAAGGAGAGAAUAAUUUCUCUCAAGCGAUAUUUUCUAUUGGAACAAGGAGAUUUUGUCGUACAACUGCUUGAUACGUGUGACGGCGAACUUAGUAAGGAAACGUCAGAUAUUUUACCUUCAAGACUAACUACCCUAGUUGAAAUGGCCAUUCGAAUUCCAUCGACCAAUGAUGACAAUUACCGUGAUGAAAUAAGAAUGUCUUUACAAAAACUUACCUUAUCUGAACAAGUCAAUAAAAUUCUAUCCGAAAAAAGUGAUGAAAUAGAAAUACAAAAUACUGAAAAAUACGAAAUGACGGGCUACGAGUCUUUCACACUUCACAUCGAUUGCAAGUGGCCUAUAUCACUUGUACUUCACUCCAAAGUGCUUUCAUCGUAUCAAAUGUUAUUUCGGCAUUUAUUUUAUUGCAAAUAUAUUGAAAGGAUGCUAUGCCGAGUUUGGUUGCUUAAUCAACCCAUCAGAGGUUUACCAUUCCUCGAAUCGAGAACAUAUUCUUCUGCACAUGCCUUGAGAUAUAAAAUGAUGAUAUUUUUGGAAAACGUUGAAUACUAUAUGAUGGAAGUAGCGAUAGAAACACAUUGGAUGGAAUUUAUGCAGUAUUUUGAUAAUGCACCAAAUAUCGAUGAUCUUAUUGCUGAACACUGGAACUUUUUGGACCGAAGUUUAAAAGAUUGCCUCUUGGGAGAUUAUGAACUAUUCCGAAUUUUCCGUGAAAUUUUAUCAUGCUGUCUUGAGUUUGGUACCUUUACAAUUAGAAUGAGGAAAAUUCACAUGGAAGCUGACUCUGAUAUGACUGAUUCUGAUUCAUCACAACUGGAGGGCAUCAAAUCCUUAACAGAAACUGAAAAGUACCCAACGUUUUCCCAGAGAAUCGAUCAGUUGACUAACGAAUUUGAAACAAAUUUGAGUAAGUUUUACAUUGCUUUACAAGAAACUAGUUCCAACGAUACUUCAUCUAAGCUCAUCAAAUUAUUUUUCAGGUUGAAACCUUUCUUUCAAAAAGAUGAAGAUUAAAAUAUUUUGAACAUUUUAAUCAAAAUUACUUUGUGCUAUGUGUCCAGUUUGAUAUUAAAUAAUAUAAUCUUUACACCAAACAAGUUUUAUUUAGCUUACUACUUUUAUUUUUUUUUAUAUAAGCAAUUCACCUGUUAGAAGCAAGAGCAAUCAUUUUAAUUGUGUUUUUACCGUGGUAAUAUUACAUACAAAGUGGCCAUAAAAUACAGAUAAGUAGAUUUAUGUUUGUUUUGUAUUACUGGAAAUAUAUAUAUAGAAUGUAUAUAUUCA